AUGGCGUCUACAAUCUUCCAAGGACUUUGUGGUGUCUACAAUCUUCUAAGGACUUUACGGUGUCUACAAUCUUCCAAGGACUUUACGGUGUCCACAAUAUUCCAAGGACUUUAUGGUGUCUACAAUCUUUCAAGGACUUUAUGGCGUCCACAAUUUUCAAAGAACUUAAGGUGUCCACAAUCUUCAAAGAACUUUGCGGUGUCUACAAUCUUCCAAGAACUUUGCGGUGUCCACAAUCUUCAAAGAACUUUCCGGUGUCCACAAUCUUCCAAGGACUUUACAGUGUCUACAGUCUUCCAAGGACUUAAUGGUGUCUACAAUCUUCCAAGGACUUUAUGGUGUCAACAAUCUUCCAAGGACUUUACAGUGUCAACAACCUUCCAAGGACUUUACGGUGUCCACAAGCUUUCAUGGACUUUAUGGUGUCCACAAUCUUCCAAGGACUUUAUGGUGUCCAAAAUCUUCAAAGAACUUUGUGGUGUCCGCAAGCUUCCUUGGACUUCACAGUGUCCACAAUCUUCCAAGGACUUUACGGUGUCCACAAUCUUCCAAGGACUUUAUGGUGUCCAAAAUCUUCAAAGAACUUUGUGGUGUCCGCAAGCUUCCUUGGACUUCACAGUGUCCACAAUCUUCCAAGGACUUUACGGUGUCCACAAUCUUCCAAGGACUUUAUGGUGUCCACAAUCUUCAAAGAACUUUGCGGUGUUCACAAACUUCCAAGAACCUUGCGGCGUUCACAAUCUUCAAAGAACUUUGCAGUGUCCACAAGCUUCCUUGGAGGUGUCACAAGCUUCAAGACUAAACAGGACUUUACGUGUUCACAUCUUCACGACUUUACGGUGUUCAUCUUCUUUAGAACUUUUGUCGGUGUUCGCCAAGCUUCCUUGGACUUCACGGUGUCCACAAUCUUCCAAGGACUUUACGGUGUCCAUAAUCUUCCAAGGAUUUUAUGGUGUCCACAGGCUUCCAAGGACUUUACGGUGUCCACAAUCUUCCAAGGACUUUAUGGUGUCCACAGGCUUCCAAGGACUCUACGGUGUCCACAAUCUUACAAGGACUUCACGGUGUCUCCACAAUCUUUCAAGGACUUUAGGGUGUCCAUGUGCUUUCAAGGACUUGGAGGUUUCCACGUGCUUUCAAGUGCACUCACCGAUACUUCAUAAAUAA